UAAUGAUUGGCGCUGAAGAAGUAUUCCGCACCUGGGAAGAGGUGAUGAAAGAGUUUACGAAUGUAGCGCGAGAUGUUACGCGUAAGCGAUCCGAAAAAUUUAUCCCGAUAAAAAUCAACGCCGCGCACUCGAAAUUGCAAGAACGUGUUACUUUUGUAAGAGGAUUCAGAAAGCAGCACGAGCAACUUCAUCAGACUAUUGUUAAAGUCAUGGCUCAGCCCACAGGCACGCAAAAAAUUAUUGUUGAAGAUGAUAAGAGCGUUAUUCAGCAAGAAAAUGAGAGUGUCAAUAUGAGUGAUAUCAACUCGAUGGAAGAGGUUAAACUUGCUUAUGAAAGUGUAAAGGAUAUUGACGUAUUGGAUGUUUCUAUUGAGGGAACUGAUCUUUGGACGCAAGCGGAAAACUCAUACAAUGAAAGAGUUUCAAGAGUUGAAAAUCAAAUUAUUGCCAGAUUGCGUGAUCGUCUUGGUACCUGUAAAAAUGCUAAUGAAAUGUUCCGCGUGUUUUCAAAGUUUAAUGCUUUGUUUGUUCGUCCAAAGAUUCGAGGUGCCAUCCAAGAAUACCAAACACAACUUAUAGAAUCCGUCAAAGAUGAUAUAAAAAAACUUCACGACAAAUUUAAAAUGCAAUAUCGUCAAUCCCAAGCUUUUCAUAUGGCACAACUCCGCGAUUUACCCGCGAUUUCAGGUGCAAUGAUCUGGGCUCGACAAAUUGAACGGCAAUUGCAAACUUAUAUGAAACGUGUCGAAGAUGUACUUGGAAAAGGUUGGGAAAUGUAUGCCGAAGGCCAGAAAUUGCAAAAUGAAAGUCUUAGUUUUCGUAAGAAGCUAGACACUCGACCGAUUUACGAAGCUUGGCUUCAAGAUAUCACUCGACGCGAACUAACAGUUUCUGGCAGACUUUUCGAAAUAUCAAGAAGCCGUGCACAAGGCAACACACUUCAACUAGGCGUAAAUUUCGACCCACAAAUCAUUACAUUAUUCAAAGAAGUUCGUAAUUUAUUAUGGCUUAAUUAUCAAGUACCACAUACAGUUAGCAAUGUCGCAAAAGACGCCAAGAGAGUGUAUCCUUUUGCCGUUAGUUUAAUGGAAACCGUACGGACUUAUGCUCAGACAGUACACAAAGUUCAAAAACACCCAGAUAUUAUCAUGUUGGUUGCCAGUUAUCGUAAUGAAGUUCAAGCUAUGAUUGCCAAGGGGAUCGGCUUGAAAUGGGAUUACUUUGUGAACACCUAUGAUCCACAUUAUAGACCUCUUGCGCAUCUCACUUCUGGUACCUUGGAUGGUCGUGAAAAUCGCCAUAUUGCUUUUGUUAGAGAAUUCGCCGACCAAGUUUCUAUAUUCCAAGAUAAAGUCGAUGCACUCAUUAAUAGUUACGAUGAUAUCUCCCGAGCUAUCGAAGAUCUGAAAACUUGUCCAUAUAAAAUUAAAAAGCUCAAAGAAAAUUUGGAUAAAAUACAAAAAUCGAUUGACCGUCUCAAUCUCGAAUCUUAUUCUAAUCUCAAAACAUGGGUCGCACAACUUGACGAACGUGUAGAAGCUGUAUUAACUCAUCGUCUACAAACAGCAAUUCAAGCAUGGAUAACUGAAUUCACAAGUGCUGGUGAAGAUUCCGUCUCUAGUAGCGACACAGUUUCGCGUGAUAUGCGCACUAUUGGCAAAAGUGGAAAACGGUCCAAGCGUAAGAACGCUAAAGGCGAUAUCCUGGAUGAAGAAAAAACCGCGGCUGCCUUGAAAACGGAAAUGAAGCCAAGCUUGAAACCUUCAUUCCAUGAAGUCUGUAUUCGUAAUCAAGUUAUAUUUUUGGAUCCACCGAUUGAACAAGCUCGUGCAAAUGUAUACAAUCAGUUGCACGAAUGGCUUGCUAUUGUGUGUAAUCUACCGCGACUUCAAAGUUCACGAUACGAGAUAGAACUUCAAGUUCGAGGUCCCAUUUCCCAGGAAACUACAUACUCAAAUUUAUUAACUUUGGUAACUGACAACUCCCUCGAGAAGGCCUACGAAAUGAUUGAACACAAACUAAAAGAAGUUGCCGAAUACGUUAGCAUCUGGUUCCGAUUCCAAUCAUUAUGGGACCUUGACUCCAGCCAAGUAUACAAUCAACUCGGCGAUAAUUUAGCGAAAUGGCAACAAAUUCUCACCGAAAUCAGAAAAUCGCGUGCCACAUUUGACAAUUCUGACAUUGAACAAUCUUUCGGUGCAAUUGUUGUCGAUUAUGAGCAAGUACGAACAAGAGUCACCGAGAAAUACGAUGCCUGGCAAAAGGAAAUCACUAAUAAAUUUGGUGCCAAGUUGGGUGAAUCUAUGCGCGAAUUUCAUACUUCAGUCUCGAGAGCUCGAACCGAUCUUGAACAACAUUCGGUCGAAAGCAACGCUACAGGCGAAGCAGUUACAUUUAUUACUUUUGUGCAAGAACUUAAACGUAAGAAGGCUAAAUGGGAAGCAGAAGUUGAAGUGUUUCGCAAUUGUCAAAAGACUUUGUCUAAGGCGCCCGCUUUCCAAACUCCUCGUAAUUGGUUGCAUGUGGAGCAAAUUGAGGGUGAAUGGAGUGCUUAUUUAGAAAUAUUGAAUAAAAAGAACGGUGCAAUUCAAGAUCAAAUUGCUGGUUUACAAGAUAAAAUUGUCGCCGAAGACAAAGUUGUGGACGGAAAAAUCAAGCAGAUUGUCACCGACUGGGAUUCGAACAAACCAAUUCAAGGAGACAUCAAACCCGAAGUUGCUAUUAGCACACUCACCAAAUUCGAAACUCGCGUUUCUCGUCUUAAGGAAGAAUACGAUAUGGUAUGCCGUGCUAAGGAGGCACUCGAUCUUGACUUGACUUCUGAAGAUCGACUUGACCCUGUUCUUGAAGAACUCAAAGAUCUCAAAUCUGUUUGGAAUGAACUAUCAAAAGUUUGGACGACAAUCAACGAAGUUAAAGAAUCACUUUGGUCUUCGGUUGUACCACGAAAGAUCAGAACAAGUCUCGAUAAUUUAUUAAGUUCUACUAAAGAGAUGCCAACUCGAAUGCGUCAAUAUGCUGCUUUUGAAUAUGUGCAACUAGCAUUGCGUGAUUACAUUAAAAUUAAUCCCCUUCUUUCCGAUUUGAAAUCUGAGGCAUUGAAAGAACGACAUUGGAAACAACUGUUUAAGCAAUUACGUGCUGAAGGUCGCUUCCUUUUAUCAGAAAUGACUGUUGGGCAUCUUUGGGAUAUGGAUCUUCGUAAAAAUGAAACAGUUAUAAGAGAUAUUGUAGUUCAAGCCCAGGGUGAAAUGGCUCUCGAAGAGUUCUUGAAACAGGUCCGAGAAACUUGGACAAAUUAUGUAUUAGAACUUGUCAACUAUCAAAAUAGAUGUCGUCUUAUCAAAGGUUGGGAUGAACUUUUCACUAAAUGCAGUGAAAAUCUCAAUUCUUUGACAGCCAUGAAAAUGUCUCCAUAUUAUAAAACUUUCGAAGAGGAAGCUUCCUCAUGGGAAGACAAACUCAAUCGUGUGCAUGUUUUAUUCGAUGUAUGGAUUGAUGUACAACGACAAUGGGUCUAUCUAGAAGGCAUUUUCAGUGGAAGCGCAGAUAUUAAACAUCUUCUACCAAUCGAAACCCAACGUUUCACGAAUAUAAAUUCAGAAUUCUUGACAGUCAUGAAAAAAGUCUACAAAUCACCGUAUGUCUUGGAUGUUUUGGGUAUCCAGGGUGUACAAAAAUCUCUCGAGCGUCUCGCUGACUCACUGGGCAAAAUUCAAAAAGCCCUUGGUGAAUAUCUUGAGCGAGAACGAUCUUCAUUUCCACGUUUUUACUUUGUGGGUGAUGAAGAUUUACUUGAAAUCAUUGGUAAUAGCAAGGAUGUUGUCCGAAUUCAAAAGCAUUUUAAGAAAAUGUUUGCAGGUGUAUCAAAUAUUAUAUUGAACGAGGAUAAUACCGUGAUAUUGGGCAUGGCUUCUCGUGAAGGGGAAGAAGUGGUAUUUAGAACGCCAAUUUCAAUUAAAGAAAAUCCAAAAAUUAACGACUGGCUUACCAUGAUAGAAAAAGAAAUGCGAGUAUCACUCGCACAAUGGCUGACUGAUGCUGUCGCUGAUUUGAAUACAUUUUAUCUUGCUGAAGAACUAUCAAUUCCUACUUUCCUUGAAUGGAUUGAUAAAUAUCCAUCCCAAUUAGUUGUCGUUGCUGCACAAAUCAUUUGGACUCAAUCUGUCGACAAAGCUCUCAACACAAUUUACGAAGGUGACCGUAAUGAUCAUGCUCCAUUGACCGAAUCUCUACAAUAUGUACUUCGUGCAUUGAAAGUAUUGGCUGAGACCGUACUUCAAGAUUUAACUUCCACAAAAAGAAAGAAAUGCGAACAUUUAAUUACUGAACUUGUGCAUCAACGUGAUCUUAUUCGACAACUUCGAAACAAUAAAAUAUCAUCACCCAAAGAUUUUGAAUGGCUUUAUCAGAUGCGAUUCUACUUCAAUCCAAAUGUUGAAGAUCCAUUAACAAGGCUUACUAUCAAUAUGGCUAAUGCACAAUUCUAUUAUGGCUACGAAUAUCUUGGUGUCCCUGAUCGUCUUGUACAGACACCUCUCACUGAUCAAUGUUAUCUUACUCUUACACAAGCUUUGGAAAGCCGUUUAGGAGGCUCGCCAUUUGGACCUGCAGGCACCGGAAAAACUGAAUCAGUGAAAGCCUUAGGUGUUCAACUUGGUCGUUUUGUACUUGUCUUCUGCUGUGACGAGAAUUUCGAUUUCCAAGCUAUGGGUCGUAUUUUCGUUGGUCUUUGUCAAGUUGGUGCUUGGGGUUGUUUUGACGAAUUUAAUCGACUCGAGGAAAGAAUUUUGUCUGCUGUUUCGCAACAAGUUCAAACUAUUCAACUCGGAUUGAAGGCAGUAAAGGAUAAUCCUAAUGCAGAAGUUGAAAUUGUCGGAAAGAAUUUAGUUGUUAAUACAAAUACUGGUAUCUUUAUUACUAUGAAUCCUGGCUACGCCGGUCGCUCAAAUCUACCUGACAAUCUAAAGAAACUAUUCCGAAGUAUUGCUAUGACCAAGCCAGAUCGAGAGCUUAUCGCACAAGUUAUGUUAUACUCUCAAGGAUUUGGAACUGCCGAAACACUUGCGUCAAAAGUUGUCCCAUUAUUUAAUCUUUGUGCUGAACAACUUUCACCGCAAGCGCAUUAUGACUUUGGUCUUCGUGCCUUGAAAAGUGUGCUUGUGAGUGCUGGUAAUAUGAAACGUGAAAGGCUGGUAAAUCUUAGAAAGCAAAUCGAGUCCGGUGAGAAGGAUGAAUCAGACCUUAUAAAAAUUUCGGAGUCAAUUGGCGAGCAAGAAAUUGUUAUUCAAAGUAUUCGUGAAACUAUUGUUCCAAAAUUGGUCGCCGAGGAUAUUUACCUAUUAACUAGUCUGCUAGCGGAUGUAUUCCCUGGGGUUGAUUAUAUUCCUGUUGAUCUGGAACAACUUAAAGAUGAAAUUAUCAAUGUGUGUAAGGAACGUCGUCUUGUUCCUGGUGACUCGUGGAUGGAAAAAGUUUUGCAACUUUAUCAAAUUCAAAAUAUUCAUCACGGUUUGAUGAUGGUUGGUCCUUCUGGUUCAGGAAAAUCUCAAGCAUGGCAGGUUCUAUUGAAAGCCCUGGAAAAAGUCCAAGGUAUUGAGGGUAUGGAAUACGUUAUUGAUCCCAAGGCAGUAUCAAAAGACGCUUUAUAUGGUACUCUCGAUCCUACUACUCGUGAAUGGACAGACGGACUAUUUACACAUAUAUUACGUAAAAUUGUUGAUAAUGUUCGUGGUGAAAAAAAUAAGCGACAUUGGAUUAUAUUUGAUGGUGAUGUCGAUCCAGAGUGGGUAGAAAAUUUGAAUAGUGUAUUGGAUGACAAUCGAUUACUUACCUUGCCCAAUGGUGAAAGAUUGGGUUUACCAGGCAAUGUUCGUAUUAUGUUUGAAGUCGAAAACUUGAAAUAUGCCACAUUAGCUACAGUUAGUCGUUGUGGUAUGGUUUGGUUUAGUGAAGAAGUCAUCACAGUGUCCAUGAUUUAUAACAACUACUUGGAAACCCUCAAAACUCAACCUUUGGAUGAUUCCGAGGAAGAUGGUCUUGCUUCGUCGCGAAGAAAUGAGUUAUCAGAGGAAAACACCUCACCCAAUAUUCUCACUCAACGUGCUAUCGCCAAGAUAUUAGCAACUCAUAUGACUGAGGAUGGUUUCGUGACUAAGGCUCUUGAACACGCUGCAUCUUUAGAGCACAUUAUGGAUUUCACGCAAAUGCGUGUACUAAACACAUUAUUCUCUUUACUCAAUAAAACAGUGCGCAAUGUCAUUGAAUACAAUGUACAACACCCAGAUUUCCCAAUGUCUGCGGAUUUAUUGGAAAAUUAUGUAUCAAGACGUCUCAUACUUUGUGUGAUUUGGAGUUUCUCGGGUGAUUGUAAAUUAGAUUUACGUGCUAAACUCGGUGAAUAUGUACGCAGCAUCACAACUAUUGAUUUGCCACCAGCGCAACCUGGAUCUUCUAUUAUUGAUUAUGAUGUUCAAGUGAACAAUGCUGAGUGGACUGCUUGGGCCGGAAAAGUUCCUACCAUUGAAAUUGAAACUCACACUGUCGCUGAAGCAGAUGUCGUUAUUCCGACUGUUGACACAGUACGACAUGAAGAAGUUUUGUAUUCAUGGCUUUCUGAACAUAAACCUCUCUUACUUUGUGGUCCCCCUGGUUCCGGGAAAACAAUGACAUUAUUCAGUGCUCUUAGAAAAUUACCUGACAUGGAAGUAAUUGGUCUCAACUUCUCGAGUGCUACCACUCCUGAAUUAAUAUUAAAAACAUUUGAACAAUACUGUGAAUAUAGAAAGACACCUAAUGGUGUUAUGUUAUCGCCAAUUGUAAUAGGCAGAUGGAUUGUAUUAUUCUGUGACGAGAUUAAUUUACCUGCUACUGAUAAAUAUGGCACUCAACGUGUUAUCUCUUUCAUUAGACAAUUAGUCGAGUAUGGAGGAUACUGGAGAACUUCAGAUAAAUCAUGGGUGAAACUUGAACGUAUCCAAUUCGUAGGUGCAUGCAAUCCUCCUACUGAUCCUGGUCGUGUACCAUUAACUCAUAGAUUCAUGCGUCAUGCUCCCUUGGUGAUGGUCGAUUAUCCUGGAUCACUUUCUCUCAAUCAAAUUUACGGCACCUUCUCACGAGCAAUGUUAAAAGUGGUUCCUAACUUGCGUGCUUAUGCUGAGCCACUCACUGCUGCAAUGGUCGACUUUUAUUUGAUGUCACAAAGACACUUUACACCUGAUAUUCAAGCUCAUUAUAUUUACUCACCUCGUGAAUUAACUCGAUGGAUGAGAGGUAUAUUUGAGGCCAUCAAACCAUUAGAAACUUUAUCGCUUGAAGGUCUCGUGCGUAUAUGGGCCCAUGAAGCUUUACGUUUGUUCCAAGAUCGUCUUGUAACUGAAGAGGAAAAAAGAUGGACAGAUGAUAAUAUUGACGCCAUCGCUUUGAAGCAUUUCCCUGGUCUCAAUCAAAUAGAAGCUUUGAGCAGGCCAAUUUUAUUCUCUAACUGGAUUAAUAAAUUCUAUAUUCCUGUGGAACGUGAACAACUACGUGAAUUUGUAAAAGCUCGUCUUAAGGUGUUCUACGAAGAAGAAUUAGAUGUACCAUUAGUGCUAUUCAAUGAUGUAUUGGACCAUGUUCUCCGUAUUGAUCGUGUAUUCCGACAAAUGCAAGGUCAUUUACUAUUAAUUGGCGUAAGUGGCUCUGGUAAAACCACACUUUCAAGAUUCUGUGCUUGGAUGAAUGGUCUAAGUGUUUUCCAAAUUAAAGCACAUAAUAAAUACACUGGCGAAGAUUUCGAUGAAGAUUUGAGAAUUGUGUUACGCCGUGCUGGAUGUAAAGGCGAAAAAGUAUGUUUCAUUAUGGACGAAUCAAAUGUAUUAGAUUCUGGUUUCUUAGAACGUAUGAACACACUUUUGGCCAAUGCUGAAGUUCCUGGCCUUUUCGAAGGAGACGAAUACAACACUUUGAUGACGGGAUGUAAAGAAGGAGCUCAGAGAGAAGGAUUGAUGUUAGACUCGCACGAAGAAUUGUAUAAAUGGUUUACACAACAAGUAAUGAAGAAUUUGCAUGUGGUGUUUACAAUGAAUCCGCCCGAGGGAGGUUUAGCCUCUCGUGCAGCCACCUCGCCAGCCUUGUUUAAUCGUUGUGUAUUGGAUUGGUUUGGUGAUUGGCCUGAUCAAGCAUUCUUCCAAGUUGGUAUGGAAUUCACAAACAACCUGGAUUUAGAUCUCACGUCAUAUUCACCACCUGCAAACUUCCCGGUUGCUUAUCGUGCAUUAUCUCUGCCACCGAUACACCGUUUUGCUAUCGUCAAUGCUUUUGUAUUUGUUCAUCAAUCGUUAUACGAAAUAAACGCGAAACUAAGCAAACGUCAAGGCCGAUACAAUUACGUUACACCACGUCAUUAUCUUGACUUUAUUAAUCAUUAUGUACGAUUAUUUAAUGAGAAACGUGAAGACUUGGAAGAACAACAGCGCCAUUUGAAUAUUGGACUUGAAAAAUUACGUGAUACUGUCAUCAAAGUCGAAGAACUUCGAAAAAGUCUGGCCAUUAAAAAUAAAGAAUUAGAAGCUAAAAAUGCCGAAGCAGAAGCAAAAUUAAAAAUAAUGGUAGCCGAUCAAAACGAAGCAGAAAACAAAAAAGAAGCCUCUAAGCAAAUUCAAGUUGCCCUCGAAAAACAGACCAAAGAUAUUGAUGAACGUCGUGAAGUAGUAUUAAGGGAUUUGGCGAAUGCUGAACCGGCUGUACAAGAAGCCCAAAAAGCUGUACAAGGUAUCAAAAAACAACAACUCACUGAAGUUCGAUCUAUGGGUAAUCCACCGGAACCUGUGAAAAUGGCAAUGACAUCUGUCUGCACCUUACUGGGACGACCUUGUGAAACCUGGAAAUUGGUACAAACUGCAAUUCGUAGUGACGAUUUCAUUACUAGCAUUGUGAACUUUGACACUGAUAAGCGAAUGACCAAACCUGUUCGCGAGAAAAUGAAGAAUGAAUAUCUCAGUAAACCAUCGUAUAAUUACGAGUUAGUGAACAGAGCCAGUAAAGCUUGUGGUCCAUUAGUCAAAUGGGUGAUUGCACAAGUUAACUUCUCGGAAAUUCUCGAUAGAGUUGGUCCAUUACGUAAUGAAGUAUCAGAUUUACAAAAACAACAAGAGAGCACAAAAUUAAGAGCUGUCACAAUUGAAAAGAUGAUUAACGAUUUAGAGAGCAGUAUUGCACGAUACAAAGACGAAUAUGCACAAUUGAUUAGUCAAACGCAAACAAUCAAGGGUGAAAUGGAACAAGUCAAAAAUAAGGUCGAUCGUAGUUUGACACUUCUCGGCAGUCUGUCUUCUGAAAAAGAACGGUGGGAAACAGGAAGUCAAGCAUUUGAAACACAAAUGGGUACAAUUGUCGGUGAUGUUUUACUAUCAGCUGCAUUCCUUGCUUAUGGCGGUUACUUUGAUCAGCAAUAUCGUGAGGUUCUGUUGAGUAAAUGGACCAGUCAUUUAGUGAAUGCAAAUAUUUCAUUUAAACAAGAAUUAUCUUUGACUGAAUAUUUAUCGACAGCUGAUGAUCGUCUAUCUUGGCAAGCUAAAUCUCUUCCAGCCGAUGACCUUUGCACAGAAAAUGCAAUCAUGCUUAAACGAUUCAACAGAUAUCCCCUUAUUAUCGAUCCAUCGGGUCAAGCCUCAACUUUCCUAAUGAACGAAUAUAAAGAUAGAAAGCUUACCGUCACCAGUUUCUUGGAUGAUUCAUUCAUCAAAAAUCUUGAAAGUGCUCUUCGUUUCGGUAAUCCAUUACUUAUUCAAGAUGUCGAGCAUCUCGAUGCCAUCAUCAAUCCAAUUCUCAAUAAAGAAUUACGUCGAACUGGAGGUCGUGUUUUGAUCCGUUUGGGUGGUCAAGAUAUCGAUUUCUCGCCCGCGUUCACAUUAUUCCUUUCAACUCGUGAUCCAUCAGUCAAUUUCCCACCAGAUAUAUGCAGUCGUGUGACCUUUGUCAAUUUCACCGUCACCCGUGGCAGUUUACAGAGCCAAUGUUUGAAUCAAGUUCUUAAAGUUGAACGUCCAGACACCGAUAAGCGAAGAACUGAUCUAAUCAAGUUACAAGGCGAAUUUAAAUUGAAAUUACGGCAUCUUGAAAAAUCUCUUUUGCAAGCAUUGAACGAAUCAAAAGGAAAUAUUUUGGACGAUGCUAAAGUUCUUGAUACUCUCGAGACCUUAAAGAAAGAAGCAGCCGAAAUCACUCGUAAAGUAGAGGAAACAGACACUAUUAUGCAAGAAGUCGAACAAGUCACCGCAGAAUAUACUCCCCUUGCACAAGCAUGUAGUUCUGUAUUCUUCGUCAUGGAACAACUUAAUCUUCUUCACCAUUUCUAUCAAUUCUCUCUAGAAUACUUUUACGAAAUUUUCGAGUACAUUCUUCAUGAAAAUCCAAAUCUCAGAGAGGUCACCGAAAAUUCUCAAAGGUUGAGAAUCCUCACACGUGACCUAUUCAAUGUAACUUUCCAUCGUGUAACACGUGCACUAUUACAUGAAGACUAUAUUACUUUUGCUCUUUUACUAUCUCAAAUUAAAAUUCGUGGAGAUCAACAUCAAAUCGACGAGACAGAGUACGAUUUCUUGCUGAAUGGUGGUGAUGUUGUACCUGGCACUAAGGUGUCCGCUCAUGAAUUAGGAUUGCCCGAUGACCUUAUCGAUAAUGACCAAGCCGCUCGUAUUAAAGAGUAUACAGCAUUACCUUGCUUCUCAAAUCUUAUAUCGCAUAUUACUCGACAAGAAGAAGACUGGAGCGAUUUCAUUGAAGCUGAUUCCGCAGAAAAGCAUGUACCUGUUUGUUGGGAUCCUAGCUUGCCUUCUGUUGUUGUUCAAUUGAGAAAAUUACUGCUUGUCAAAUGUUUCCGACCUGAUAGACUGCAACCUGCUACAGCUGCAUUUGUCGCCAUCGUAUUUGAUGAUGGAUUCCUUAAUCAGACAGAGCUUGAUAUUAAAGCAAUGGUAAUGAACGAAAUCAAUCCAUCUACUCCAAUUUCUCUUUGCUCUGUUCCCGGUUAUGACGCUAGUUAUCGUAUCGAUAAUCUUGUUGCGGAAGUCAAUGCUCGUUGCACAUCUGUCGCUAUGGGCUCUCAAGAAGGUUUCACAUUAGCAGACCAAGCAAUCGCUUCAGCAAUUAAGAAUGGCAGUUGGGUUCUACUGAAGAACGUACAUUUAGCACCUUCGUGGCUUGGACAGUUGGAGAAGAAAUUGCAUAGCUUAAAAGCACACAACAGCUUCCGUUUAUUCCUUACCAUGGAAACUAAUCCUAAAGUACCAGUCAACCUCUUGCGUCUAUCGCGAGUUCUUAUGUUCGAACCACCACCAGGUAUAAAAGCCAAUCUCCAAGACUCACUUAAAGGCAUUCCCCCUAGUCGUCUCAGCAAAGGUCCUAGCGAACGUGUCCGAUUGUAUUUCCUUCUUGCUUGGCUACAUGCAAUCGUACAAGAACGUCUCCGAUAUGUUCCUCUUGGAUGGACCAAAAUUUACGAAUUUAAUGAUUCCGAUCAAGAUUUCUCUAUAAACACCAUUGACGCUUGGAUAGACUCGGUAGCUCAAGGAAGAGCAAAUAUAGCACCCGAAAAAAUUCCAUGGGAUGCUCUUCGCACUCUUAUCACAACAUCUGGUUAUGGUGGUCGUAUUGAUAAUGAAUUCGACAAGAGGCUUCUAGAGUCUUUUGUUAAUUCUCUAUUCACUCCUGAAGCAUAUAAUAUAGAUUUUCCAUUAGUUGACGCUGAUGACGAUAAUACACUAACUAUUCCUGAAGGUACUAAGAUGGAACGUUUCUUGAAAUGGGUUAAUGAUUUACCAGAACGUGAACCCCCUGCAUGGUUAGGAUUACCAAGUAAUGCAGAAAGAGUAUUGGCCACUACGCAAGGUUUGGGUAUGCUUGGAAAGGUUCGCAAGAUGAAGAGUCUCUCUGAUGACGAUGAAGUCGCUUAUUCUCAAGAAUCAGGUUCCGGAAAACCUGGCGCAUCUGCACAACCAGCUUGGAUGCGUGCUUUAGUAGUGUCCAAAAUGCCUAAAAUGAAUAAAACAGCUCAAAGUAUAAAAGACCCAUUAUUCCGAUUCUUUGAUCGUGAAAAUUCAAUUGGACGUAGUCUCCUUGGAAAAAUACGACAAGAUUUACAUGAUAUCAAGAAAGUCUGUGAAGGAGAACUUAAACAGACAAAUCACCUUCGUAUGCUUUUGAAUUGUUUGACUAAAGGCAUAAUUCCCGAUCACUGGCGCAAAUAUAAAAUCCCUCAAAACGUAUCCCUUAAUCACUGGAUUGCGGACUUCAAAAGCCGCCUGCAACAACUUGACUCAAUCACCAACGAAACAAACUUCCAAGACUUGCAAGUAUGGCUCGGUGGCUUAUUCAUGCCCGAAGCCUACAUAACAGCCACGCGUCAAGCUGUCGCACAAAGGAACGUCUGGUCACUAGAAGACCUCAGACUGGAAGUCGACAUCAACAAGAGCGGUGAUGAUGAUGCGUUUGUUGUCUCUGGCCUUAAAUUAGAAGGUGCACGAUGGGAAAAUGAUCAAUUGCAACUUACCUCAGCUCCGUCCACCAAACUUGAGCUCACGCAGAUACGAUGGGUAUUGAAACAAGGCGUGGCUGCUGUUAAAUCUGAUGAUGUGGUUUUACCGGUUUAUCUUAAUUCGGAUCGUAGCGAGUUGUUGUUUGUUAUUUCGGUGAAUAGUCAAGCUACAAAAUAUAAGAUUUCGCAACGCGCUGUCGCUGUGAUUAUUUGGUAG